AUGGCAGCCGUGCAUGCGAGGCCGGGCGUCGUGCAGGCAAGCCCCAUCGUGUUUGCUCCGCCGGCGCCCGUCCUCCAGCAGCGCAUGCAAUCUCCAGGAGCUCCACUGGUUCGAGGACACAGGGCUGCGAGGAGUAACUCGCUGGCUGCCGCUUGGGCAGAGACGGCUCAGCGAGCGCGGCUGGUGGCCAAAGCACAGGCAGACGUUUGCGUGGCGGUUGCCCGCGCGGCUACUGGCCCGAACCAUCAGAGUGCGAGCCCCAGGCAAAACUACUCACCGCGGAUACUUCAGCAGGAAGCGCCCGCACCGGUGGCCUACAAAAUCAACAGGCAACAGUCGUUCUCUCCGCGCGUGGCACAGAGAGCUCUGCAAAGAGCAGCAUCAGCUCCACCAGUCCAGGCCGAGAAUUCCCCCGCCCAGGUGCAAGCAGCAGCAUCUCCUUUCGUCGGAUACCGAGCUGUGAAGAUCGGUGCCGGCGCCGGCACCUCGAAACCCAGCCCCACACCCCGGGGUCCUGGUCAGGGUCGGCCGCCCGUUCCUGGGUGCGUGAGUCCCGGCAAGUCACCGGUGAGCCCUGGCAGUCCGGGCGGCCCUGGCAUGAGCCCAGGCAGCCCAGGGAGCCCGGGCAUGAGCCCAGGCAUGAAGCGUGCCUCCUCUGCCGGUGCUCGCAACAUCUUCGGCAUGGAAAGGGCUCCUGCAGGGCGUCGGACGCCAUCGCACACGCCCACGGCACGCCCGCUGCAGCAACAUCGUGACGUGGCAAUGGUGAAGGCCUCCUCGACGCCGCGAUUGCCCUACCGCAACGUGCGGGAGCAGUCGCCAACGGGGCAG